UAUAAAAUUAUAAAUUUAAAAAUAGAAAGCCCAUGCCUUUGCAGUGUAUAAAAACAUUCGUUCAACAUUCUUCAUUCUCUGCAUCUCUCCAAUGGAAACCUCUAAACUCUUCUUUUCCUUCUUCUAUUGCUACUUCAUCCUCUCCUCAGGAUACAUAUGCAUCCAAGCUUCUACUCUCAACCACCGCCACCACCACCGCCACCGGCGGCAGAAGCAUGAAAUUUCCGAUGGAAGUUUGAGACCGAAAAAACUAUUUGUAUUCGGGGACUCGUACGCAGACACGGGCAACAUCAGAAAAUCGCUAGGAAACUCGUGGAAUGAACCGUACGGCUUCACCUUCCCCGGGAAACCCGCGGGCCGCUUCUCCGAUGGCCGCAUCCUCACUGACUACAUUGCCAAGUUCUUGGAAGUGAAGUCUCCGUUACCGUAUGAAUGGAUGGAAAUGGGAGGUAAAAAAUUACAAAAUGGGCUGAAUUUUGCUUAUGGAGGGAGUGGUGUGUUCAACACAAUAGGAGAUCUCUUGCCCAAUAUGAGCACUCAGAUUGGAUUUUACGACAAACUUGUGCAUGAUUCCGUCUACACCAAAUCGGAUUUGAAGUCCUCUCUUGUUCUUGUCUGCCUCUCCGGCAACGAUUAUGGUGCUUUUCUUGCCCAAGGUGGAACUAUGCAGGGAUUGCAAACGUUCAUACCGCGUGUGGUGAAGCAACUAGGCGUGAACUUAAAAAGACUCCAACAACUCGGUGCAACUAAGGUUGCUGUGACAUUACUCCAACCGUUGGGCUGCCUUCCUCGGAGCACGGUCGAUUCAUCGUUUCAACGAUGCAACACCACCCAAAAUCUAGCCGUCGCCUACCACAAUCUUCUAUUGCAGCAAACCGUCGCUAAAUUGAACAACCAAUCCAAAUCCUCCACCUUCUUCAUCAUCGAUCUCUACAACUCCUUCACAACAGUGCUCAACCAAAAACGAGACUAUCUAGGUAAUUUGAGAUUCGAUACUCCAUUGAAGCCAUGUUGCGUUGGGACAGACGGCUACGUUUGCGGCAGCGUGGACGAGAAAGGUGCGAAAAUGUAUACAGUUUGCAGUGAUCCGAAAUCGGCAUUUUUUUGGGAUAUGUCACAUCCAACUGAGGCUGGAUGGCAUGCCAUUUACACCACCUUCAAAUCCACUCUUGAACAAGCCUUUAAAUUUUAGUUUUUUCUAUGUUUCGGUCGAAUUCUUACUGUAUUUUGCUAAGUUGUUGCAUGGAAAUUUGUUUUAUUAUUCAA